AUGCUCCUCCAAGCUACGGCGUUACAGCUGCUUGCAGUAGGCUCAGCCCUAGCUGGGCCCGUUGCAACGGCGAGUUCGGACAAAAAUGCAGUUAUCUACGGUUCCAAAGGAACUGUGUCCCUCUCUUCCGAUGGAAAGGAUCCUGGUAUCAUGAUACUCGAUUAUGGCGAGAAUGUCGAGGGUCACCCUACCUUUGAGGUUGUCUCUGCCUCUGGUGAUACCUCGGCUUUUGAACUCACAUAUGCCGAGUCCAAGUUUGCCUUUAGCAACUACCAGAGUGAUGGACCUCUCCCUCUGGCCGCUGCCAUGGAGACCUAUCGUGUAAACCAAUACAAUAUUUCGAAACGCGAGACUGUCACCAACCGUCUCAUCCAGGGCGCUUUCCGCUACCAAAAGCUGAAUCUCUCUUCACAUGGAGAGAUACGCCUCAGAAAGGUAGGUGUGAAACCAACCGUUCACACCACAGCCCUCACCCAGCUUCCUGGAGGUUUUGAGUGCUCUGACGAGGACUUUAACCGUAUCUGGCUCACGGGCGCCAGGACUGCUCAACUUACCGAGAUUCCCAAGGACACCAUUCCAGACUUCUGGCAGGUUUCUGACGAGGGAUCUCUCGUUGAAAGCUCUGCGCCUCAAGCGCUGGGUAGUGCCGCGGCCGCUCAGUUGACUACCUACCAGCUUGGUUUCCAAGUCAAGCCAGUUACUGGGGAGUUUAGUUUCUCGGUCCUGUCAGACACCCUCAACGAAGCCAUUGUUGUUACUUGCGACGUGAAAACGGGAAAGGUCACGGCAACGGGCGCUUCAAAGUCUGGCUCGAUCCCAUCUUCUGCUGAUGCAAAACUCGGCGAGUGGAUUUCUGUCCAAGCCAAGGUGAACAUGACCGAGAUCUCAGUUCUUAUAAACAACAAGACGGUUCUCGACUUCAGCCAGACUUCCAAGUUCUACGGCUCCUUUGGCCUUGGUGCUCCUCUUGGUCACUCCGCUUACUUCCGCAGCCUCAAAGCUGCGACUCUUGAUGGUGUUGAGAUCUACUCAAACAACUUGACGGAUCCUAGCUUCUUGAAGGACUUCUUUAUGGGAACAAACCCCGCCGAUACUAUCGUUGACGGCUCCAGACGCGACCGGAUUGCCUACACUGGUGAUCUCGACGUGGCACUUGGUUCAACCUAUGCCAGUACCUACGGAAAGUCUUUCGUUGAGGGCUCCCUGGACCUCCUGGGUUCCUAUCAGGCAACACCGGGAUUCUUCAUCCCAACCGCCAAGAUCCAACAGGAGCCUCUCAAGGAACUUUUGGACGUCAACAUCACUGGCCUUAUUGGCUAUUCGUUCAAUUUUCUGAAUGCGCUUGCUAAGAAUUAUGAGGUCCUGGGUGAUUUGAAGUUUGCUGAGAAAUGGGCCCCUCGCACUACAGCUAUGCUGGACUGGGCGCAUUCCCAGUUGAAGAAUGGUCUUUUCACUCUCGACAACGCGGCAUUCACUGGAGAUUGGAACUACUAUGACCCCCCGCAGACUGGCGCAAGCUCCAAGUUCAACGCACUCUAUGCCUACAGCUUGCAGCAGACACAUACCCUACUCAAGGACGCUGGGGUCAACACCACUGUCUAUCAGACUCGCCUCAACAACUUGCGCAAGGCGAUUCACUCCACCCUCUGGAACGAUAAGCUCCAAGCUUAUGUUCUCUCCAAUGAGAUUACUACUGGUUUUGCCCAAGACGCCAACGCACUCGCUAUCCUCGCUGGAAUUCCCCAGAGCCACAACAUCUCAGCCAUCUCUUUGCUGUCUACUCUCGACAAGGAACUUCAGCUCAAGGCUGGACCUCUGGCCUUCAGCAACGCUACCGCCAAAGCUGGUUUCGCUCAGAAGAUCAGCCCUUACUCUUCCGCCUAUCAUCUCCGCGCAGCCUUCGAGUCCGACGAUGAUGUGAUUGUUCGACGUCUGUUGAAGAGUCUUUGGGCCCCCAUGGCCAACCCUGCUCAUGCGAACUAUACAAACUGCUUCUGGGAGACUCUGGACCCUGAUGGUACACCUGGUCUGGGUUUGAUCACCUCUCUCUGCCAUGGUUGGGCUUCUGGACCAACUGCCGAGCUGAGCCGACAUGUGCUAGGUGUCCAAGCCGUUGAACCUGGUUACAAGAAAUGGGACGUUAAGCCCCUGACCUUGGGUUUGGGGUGGGCUAAGGGCCGAGUUCCAACUGAGCAUGGAAACGUUGAGGUCGAUUGGAAGUUCAAGUCUGGUCUCUUGCAGAUGACUGUUCGCGGACCUAAGAAGGGUAAUACGAAUGGAACUGUCUACCUUCCUCGGCCCUUGCCUACUCCUCUUGAGAAGAGUGUCAUCAAGGUGAACGGGAAGGUUGUUAAGGGUGAUAAGUUUACUGUAUCUUCUGGCCAGAAGAUCACUAUCAAGCAGACUCAAGCUUGA